ACCCAACUCUGUUGGGGCUUCAAUGGAUAUGAAGGGGGAUAUAAUCACACAGAUCAAUAUGGCGUUUAUCGAUAUGGUUUCGUGUUUUAUAUACAAGGCAGAUAUUUUAGGGCGUUUAACCGGCUUCACUAUUACCACGACUGUAUAGUCUUGACGCAUUUAAAUUCACGAUUUUACUUGAGAAUAUGA